UGGGCGCUCUGCCCCUUGGUGGGGACCUACAAUUUUAAAAAAAAGUGUACAAAAAAGUGUAAUGAAGUACAGUAAAAAACUGCUUUUCUGUGUUGGAAUGGUUUGGGCGUACCCCAAGAAAAGAACGGUGUGGGCGUGUACCCUUCAUAAAAAAUAGUCGUGCGAGUAGACCCCUGAUUGGCCAGCUCAUCCUCCUCAGGGGUUUGACAGUUUGAGGUGGGGUUUUCUCCAAUUUACAAUAUGCUUUGGCCACAAAUAUGAGUAUAGGAAGAAUCAACAACAUUAUUAGGUAUGAGUUAACAGAAUAUGAACUUUUAAACGUUAGAUUUUCACUGGACAGUUAAUUUAACCCAGACUAGCCCCUGAGUGGCAUUCUGGAGUCCAGAGUGGCCCGGUCUGAGGCAGCUUAGGGUGAGUGCCCCCUCCUCUCCCCCAUUCCUGCUCCUAACAGAGACAAGGACAUUUUUGAAACUGUGCGUGUGUUUGUGUGUGUUCAAUGGGCUCUCCUCCGGGUAUCUUUCUCAGGGCAGAGGUUUGUGGAGCCCAGCUACAGCUAGAAGAGAAGCACACUGCCUCCCUACAGUUCCAUUAAGUUAACCCUAGCGGAGGACCGAGAGAACAUACUUUAACAAACAGUUCCAAUCUUUUACCUGUGUCUUCCAAAACCUGGAACUAGGGAACAUCAAACAAUAAUAUUUUAUACAAAAUCUGGAUGAAAAAUUGAUUUUAACUAAAUUAAAGUAUUACCAUGGAAAAGCUACAUGGAUCGCUUUUAGAGUAGGCUUACUGUUGUUUUUGCUCCUGCUGCUGAAAGGCUCUGCUGAAGCAGUGUGAGUUAUCUACAAUAAAGACAAGUUAGUGUUUCUUCCUUAUACAGUCUGCAAUAGAAUGGUUUAGCUGUGAGUCAAUACAGGUGUUUGACGUAUGUAGGCCUAUACCACAUGGCUGUACUGUGUGGUUAUUGUUUCUGCAGUUAUGCAGGGUGGAUUAGCUGUGGGUGCAUGAAUAUGUGCACAUGCGCGUGCUGUGUGUGUGUGUUUCUGCCUGUGCUAAUCUCCGAGCCCGGAUGCCUGGUCAUCACAGGGUUGGAUGGAAGACCAACGUGACUGAGGGAGAGCACAGCACACAGACCCCAUGAUGAUUCAGCCAUCCAUCAUUCUCUCUGCUGGGUUCUCCUGACCUUGGUGUCGUUCAACACACACACACACACACACACACACACACACACACACACACACACACACACACACACACACACACACACAUUUCUGAAGGAGAUCAAAACACAACAACACACACAUACAGCUUGUCCUGUAGCAGGGCUGAACACAUCUACAGUAGCUGCAAUCUCUGUCAAGCUGAACUGCUUCAUCAAAGGGCAGCUUUGUCUUGGUUGGAUCUCCUCAUGAUAAAUGCGUUCAUUCACUAUGAGAGGUCUCAGUAAUGGUUCACUUCUGCGCUGAGCAUGGACAGAGCAUGUGCAUCUCUAUUGACGUCACUCUUCAUAGAUCACCAUUGUGUGGUCCUCUUCUCUGAGUGACUGGAGCUUGCCACUGCCAGAUUGCAGUGCUCCUCAGCUUUCUCUACCAGAGAGGCAUGUAAGGGGUUUUCUCUGAGGAUCCCUUUUAAGUAAAAACUUGAAAUUGAAAAUGCUUUAAAUUACGUCAUUAACUUAGACAGACCUUGUCUGCAAUAUUCCAGAGAAUUUUCAGAGUGUGUGCUCUUUUAAGCUCAAAGGAAGCUAGCUUCUUUUCUUUUUCAUUUCCUAUUUGGCAACAUGUCUGUUCACGAAACGCUGACAGUUUUAAUAAUGUUUUUUUAAUACCCUCCUCUCUCACUUAUGUAAUGACCCUUGUAAUCCGUGAUGUGGGAAAUAAUUGUCUGUCAUAAAGUGUUGGCCUGCCUGCUGCUCUCUGGCGUUAGCCUGACAGUGCUUAUUGGAAUUUCUCAUGACGUGUGAUACGUAUGGCCCUCGGCCGAGGUCAGGUGCUGCCUGACCUCUGGAUCCUCAGACCUACAUUAACAGCAACAUUACAUUACGUUAAUAUAACACUGAGAGAGUGUCUGCCCAUACAGAGGAUAGGGGAGGAGGAGGGAGGAGGAAAGUUUGGGGAGAUUUUGUGAAGAAGAGUUGAGAUGGGUGGAGAUGCAAUGUUUAAAAAAAAAUGUCAGUAUGUCUGGGUUGUCUGGCGUGACCAAACUCAAUUGUGAGUAGAAAGGUACCUGACCUGUGAAUAAGUAUUUUCACACAGUAGCGAUGACGUGCACAUUUAACAUCACCUACUGUAUAGGUCAGGGAGGAUACACAGUGCUGCUAUUAUGUCAAGUAGACAGUUAUACUCUACUGUAUACACUGAUGAUCGCCUCUCUAUGCUGCUGCUUCCAGUACAUAUUCUGAGGGAUAGGCACUGGUCUCUGGCAUCACUGGCGUGUUGGAGUGUUGUGUAAAGUGUCAUUCCAUUUGUCGUGCCCUGCUGUUUGUCUAACGUAGGUCAUGUGAUUGGAAGUCCUCAGAGUUGGACUCUAGGGUUAAUAAGUCGUGUCUGAUUUCCCCAGGUCACAGAGGAUUGCGGAUGUGGCAGAAAUAGCCUCUGAUGAAGCAUUACUGUACUUUUUAGCUUUCAAGAAAAGCUGAACAACCACAAAUGCAAGAAGCAACACACAUUCCAAUGUUAAUCAGUGCAGGCCACAAUAAGCUGUUGCAUCUGAACAGUCAAUAGUCAUUAGAAUAGGGUGCUUACACGGUAGACCUGGGUGAACUCCAAGUGAUUAACUGUCACUGACUGAAGUGUGAACACCAUCUCUCUCCAUGCCCAGAGUGAGCACAUUCACUGACACAGCACUGGCACAGCUCAAGGUAUAUGUGAAUGGACCACGUGGCAACAUUCAUUCCUAUGUGAAGACUCAGUAGCGCGUUGAAACCAAAUGAAGUCGGUUAAACCCUUAGCUUACAAUUUCUACCCCCGCGGAAAUCUAAUUAACAUAAUACACAAAUCCCAUCAACAUCCGUCUGUUUAAGAUGGAGAGAUAUCAGUUUGUUAGCAUGGGCUGCGUCUCAAUCCACCACAUCCGCCGAUAUCGCCCUUCCGCAUCUAGGGUGGAAGGUGGCGGAGCUAGAGCGGUGUCUGUCAGACCAUGAGACAUCGCGAAAAUCGGUCUUCUCACCAAAACGUCUGUAGGCUCCUAACGGUACUACAAAGUACUAUGACCAUGACUCGAUUGAAAGCUGAGACUCUCAAGAGCACAAUGGUGUUUUGCUCUAGGACACCCACAAGCCUCACAAGAAGGUCUUCGGUACCAUUUAAAAAAAAUGGAAGUACAGUGGGGCAAAAAAGUAGUUAGUCACUUUUGCUAUUGACCAAAUAUUUAUUUUCCACCAUAAUUUGCAAAUAAAUUCAUUAAAAAUCCUACAAUGUGAUUUUCUGGAUUUUUUCCUCCUCAUUUUGUCUGUCAUAGUUGAAGUGUACCUAUGAUGAAAAUUACAGGCCUCUCUCAUCUUUUUCAGUGGGAGAACUUGCACAAUUGGUGGCUGACUAAAUACUUUUUUGCGCCACUGUAUAUAUGGAUAUAUUUUAGUAUGUUAAAUAAGGAGAUAAAUACACACAUAUAUAUAAUACACGCUGUGGCAUCCAAGACAGCGCCGUGUCAGUCUGUGGGCUUGGCUGCUGAACGGCACCAAUGGUCCAUGUUAGGACUACAGGAGGGCGUAAUGAACACCAUGCAGAGCGCAAGGAUGACGGCUACAACCGCGGCAUACCAGUUGUGCUGGAGGUUUUUCUGGAUGGACAGGCCAGUGGGGCGCCAUUCCUUGGUCUCCAGGCUUGUGAAGGGGGUUCGUCGCCUGCGUCCAGUUAGGACCCGCUCAAUGACGAGCUGGGAUUUGGAUGUGGUCUUGGCAAAGCUGCCUUUCGAACCGUUGGAGUCUGCCUCCCUGAAACACCUCUCUAUGAAGGUGGCUUUCUUGGUAGCGAUUACAUCCAUGAAGAGGGUGGGUGAGCUCCAUGCUCUGUCGGUAAGUUCUGAGUGCUACUGGAUGGACCCUGGGAGGAGGAGUAUAUCUCUCUGCCCCAACCCUUCAUUCCUCCCCAAGGUUCUGUCAGACAGGCAUGUGAACAUCCCUUUUAUCCUGUCUGCGUACGACCUGUACAACAGACCUGUGCGGGCACUGGCUGCCUAUGUGGAGCCAGUAAGGAGUGCCCCUCGCUGAUAUCUGUGCUACAGCCAGCUGGGCUUCCUUUUGCACCUUUGCUAGGUACUAUCGGGUGAAUGUGGCACCUCCCUCUGCGGUUGGUUCAGCGGUCCUUUGGCAUCGCCUCCAUUUCCGGGGACUGUGCCGUGACCCCUCUCCCACAUUGACGGCCCCUGUGUCUCGGUCCCGCAUUGGGACUUUGCCGCUGGCUGGCCAGAUCCCUCUAGCACCGACUAAAUCUGGUACGGGUAUACCAAAGUGAUCCAAUAUAGUGAAACAUAACGAAGGUUACGUAUGUAACCACAAAGCGAUAUGGAUCACUCCAGUCCUCUACGGUGCUAGAGGUGCCUAAAAACGUAUGUAAAGAACGUGUGUCGCGGCCAUGGGGUCUAUAUAUAGGGGCGGAUCCCAGCCGUGACACAGGUGCACACGGGAGUAAAUCUGUAAAACCUCACCUCGGAUGUAUCCCUCCGCCGCGGAGUGAUACCAAUAUAUUGGAGUGAUCCAUAUAGCUCACAUAACCGUGGUUACAUACGUAACCUUCGUUCUAUUGGCUAAUAGCAGUAGUGCCAAAUUCAAUGUUUCAUCCAAUAAUACAAUUUUUUUUAAAUUAGGAUACCUUAAGGGGUCUUAAAAUUCAAAAUCAAAUAGCUAAAUGAUCCUUGGUAUGACCAUCUUAAAAUAAUUCCACAUGUUAACUUAGACAACUUUAUAUCGGAGAUGUGCCUGUUGUUUACACACGUAUCUGCCCUCAUUGGCUAGAAUAGUCGUACCUGAUCUUGCCUCCUCCCGACUGCCUUCCAUUUUUGAAGAUUUUAUAUUUUAAUUGUAAGAGUGGACACUUUCUUGUCAAUAUAAUGCAUAAUCUGUGGCGCAGUUUGAACUACUCCAGGAAGUGACAUUGCAGGCUUGCUCAGUGCUGCACCCUCUCAUUGAGUAACUCAAGUUGAAGGUCAGCCUGGGUACUGCAGGCUGCCCUUAGCAACUAAAUUAUCCUUCACUUCUUCUGGGUGCGAUUUUAAAAUAAUUUGUUCAAGGACAUACAUUUGGUGUAUUAGAAUCAAUUACUGUGACCAUGAUUGUCUUUGGUAACAAAAAAUAUUUACACAAAGGUUUCCAUUUUUCUAUUCAUUAUUAUGGGGAGCUUAUUUUCUGUUAACAUUGCCUGCUGUACCGCGGUGUUCCUUGAACUUCCGUGGCUUCAAUGAGAGGGGGCAGUCGUUCUCCCCUGGAAUUAACACACCAAAAGACAUUACUCGCUGACUCCAUGUAGAGUUCAUAGUACAAGGUCAGAUCAGUGAGUCCCUGUGUAUUUAUAGCCUCCCGACAGGUCAGUUUUACCCAUGGCCAAGCCUUGGCGUCUGCUGCCUAGCUGGCUCACACCUCCACUGCUAUCCCAUCACUCACCCCUUCCACGGUGGGCCUGUCCCCAGCUCCCAAAGCCCCUUGUCAGGCUGUGUGGUUACAUAAGAGGCCUUGGAUGUCAAAGCCUCCAUUCAUUAGGAUAAUACAUUGAGGUGGGAUGACAAUUGACAUCUCCAGAACUGUGGGCCAGCCUAGCGAUCUCACUGCUCUUUGGGCUGUUGUGCUGAUUUUUACAUGCCAUUGUGACAUUUCAACUUCUUGGCUGUCAUCCUCUGCAUUCACUACCCCAACAACAUCAACAAAAAACUGUGCUUGCUCCACCAAUGUUCAUCUUUCAAAAGAAAACCCCAUCCAUGAAGAGAAUCGCAGAGAGAUGGGAGGGCUCAGUUAUGGGAAUCAGUCCAAACAAACGAGUCAGAUCGCUCACCUACCCUAACCCUAACAACAGAACCAGGAAAGGCUCCUGUGACGGCAGUAGACAAGUGCGAUCAAGCUCACUCUCUUUUCCCCCGCGUCCUCCAGUCUCAAGAUCAAAUGUCUUCAUGCCCUCAAAUCUCUGCAACCAGACCAACAUUUCACAAAACUCAGUGUCACCUCUGAACAGGGUCAGAAGGUCAUUACUUCAGCCUGCACGUCUCCUCGCCCCUCAGCCCAGGAACAACAUCUCACAGCCACACCUAUCUGAGGUCAGCCAUGACCUUUCAGACGAUUGCUGCAGCGUCACAGCUGACCUCUCCUCCACUGUGAGUGUAUUACAUCUGAAGACGUCCCCUCAAGUUCACAGAUCGAAGGCAGACACUAUUACCUCAGACAGGGUCCAGUUUGUAUUUGGGGAAAACAUGGGCGCGAGAGUUUUGAGACCACAGAAAUUGCCCAGCAGUGAACAUUCUGAUUGCAGCUCCUCUAAUUCUGAGUCCUCCACCUUUGAGACAAGGCAUAAAGGUGCUGUGUGGAGCAGCCUGAGGGAGUCUGCUGCAGCUUACACAGAGUCCUGUGAGACGCAGCGUGUGCUCAGGCGGGUUCAGCUGUUCACUGGGGAGGAGAAGGAGAGCAAUGUGGUCCAGCUGACCUGCAGACUGUUUGUUCUGGAAAAAGGAACUCAGGCAUGGAAUGAGCGAGGGAGAGGAGUCCUGCGACUCAAUGAUCUAACAUCAGGGACCAAAGGAGGGCUGCAGUCCAGAAUAGUGAUGAGGCACCAGGGCAGUCUGAAAGUCAUCCUCAACACUAAGCUCUGGCUCCACACACACCUGCGUCGCCCUGCCCGUCGGAACCUCCAGGUGACGGCCACCGACAUGGAGUCCCAGGCCAUCCGGGUGUUCCUCAUCCAGGCCAGCGCCAGGGACGUGGCUCGCCUCUAUGUAGCCAUCCACCAUCGGCUGGUAGCCCUACGGGCCAGUGCUGCUGGCAGGGAGGCAGGGGCUGCAGGGGGCAGGACCAGGGAGGGACACUGCAACAGUGAGAAUGAGGAAGAGGAGGAGCAGGAAGAGCAGAGACAACGGCAAGAACGAGAAGGGCUGCUAGUGACACGAUUGCGACCUGUGGAUUGUGAUUGGAUACACAGUAAACCCAGUUUGGAUUCUUGGUGACAUGGCAUUAUAUCCUGACCUGGACCCUGCAACAGUUUGUGGUGUCAUCACAUCUGAACAGAACUUUUAGCCAUCAUGGAACUAAACAUCAAGAGACAGCUUUCAAAAAUAAAUACUAGCAUUUACUGAGCUACCAUGACUGCCUUUUGCCAAGAGGAGAUACUUUUGGUUAUGUAGUGUAUGUGGACACCUGCUCGUCGAACAGCUCAUUCCAAAAUCAUGGGUGUUGAUAUGGACUUGGUCCCCCCCUUUGCUGCUGUAACAACCUCCACUCUUCUGGGAAGGCUUUCCAUUACAUGUUGGAACAUUUCUGCGGGGACUUGCUUCCAUUCAGCCACAAGAGCAUUAGUGAGGUCGGGCACUUAUGUUGGCCGAUUACGCCUGGCUCGCAGUCGGUGUUCCAAUUCUUCCCAAAGGUGUUCGAUGGGGUUAAGGUCAGGGUUCUAUGCAGGCCAGUCAAGUUCUUCGACACCGAUCUUGGCAAACCAUUCUGUAUGGACCUCGCUUUGUGCAUGGGGUCAUUGUCAUGCUGAAACAGGGAAGGGCCUUCCCCAAACUGUUGCCACAAAGUUGGAAGCACAGAAUUGUCUAGAAUGUCAUUGUAUGCUGUCGUGUUAAGAUCUCCCUUCACUGGAACUAAGGGGCCUGAACCAUGAAAAACAGCCCCAGACCAAUAUUCCUCCUCUGCCAAACUUUACAGUUAGCACUGCAUUCAGGCAGGUAGCGUUCUCCUGGUACCCGCCAAACCCAGAUUUGUCCGUCGGACCACCAGAUGGUGAAGUGUGAUUCAUCACUACAGAGAACGCAUUUCCACUGCAUAGUCCAAUGGCGAGCUUGACACCACUCCAGCCGACGCUUGGCAUUGCGCAUGGUGAUCUUAGGCUUGUGUGCGGCUGCUCGGCCAUGGAAACCCAUUUCAUGAAGCUCCCGACAAACAGUUCUUGUGCUGACAUUGCUUCGAGAGGCAGUUUGGAACUCACUAGUGAGUGUCGCAACUAAGGACAGACAAUUUUUGCUGAGGCGUUGUUGCUCCUAGACCAGGGUUCCCCAAUUGGCGGCCCGAGGACGGUGGUUUUACAUGGCCCUCUGAGUUUCUGAGCAAAAAAAAUCUACACACUUAAAAUUCAUUGUUGGACAUAAGACUAAAAAACACCAAGAUAUCAGCUCCAAUUUAUUUUAAUUUUGGAUAAUCUGUUCCAUAGUAUUCCAACGCAUAAUAUAGAAACGUAAUCGUAUACCAAGGUAAGCAAGGUUUGAAAUUGUUAUGUUUUAGUCAAAUAUUAUCUGUGAGAUUCUUGCGGUCAAUUUGCAUUCUACAAUUGAUGUUUAAUCAUGACCUGGACCUCUGACUAUCUGGCCCGCGGCUGAAUCUAGUUGAUGAUCCCUGUCCUAGACAUUUCCACUUCACAAUAACAGCACUUACAGUUGACUGGGGCAGCUCUAGCAGGGAAGAAAUGUGAUGAACUGACUUGUUGGAAAGGUGGCAUCCUAUGACAGUGCCACGUUGAAAGUCACGGAAAUCUUCAGUAAGGCUGCCAAUGUUUGUCUAUGGAGAUUGCAUGGCUGUGUGCCUGAUUUUAUAUACCGUUUAGCAACGGGUGUGGCUGAAAUAGCAGAACACACUAAUUUGAAGAGGUAUCCACAUACUUUUGUAUAUGAAGUGUACCUUUGUGUUGACAUAACUAUAUUGCUGUACUUAGUUGUAUACUUUACCAAAUUGUGGCAGUGUGCAGGGAGAGGGUAUACUGCCACAUUAUUUUUAUUAUGCAUUUAUAAUGAAUAAGUGCUAUUUGUGGCUGAGGCACGCACAUUAAACUUACUGGAAACCUAUUUGGAAUGUUUCCAAUAUUUUGUUAUUCUAUAUUUUGGGGGGGAAAACUUAAGCAAUUUUUAGAUCUUUCACUACAAAUAUAUUAGAAUGUCUUUACUUGCAGUGUCUUCAGAAGGUAUUCAGACCCCUUGACUUUUUACACAAUUUGUUAGGUUACAGCCUUAUUCUAAAGUUGAUUAAAUAGUUUUCCCCCCCUCAAUCUACACACAAUAACCCAUAAUGACAAAUCAAAAAUGGGUUUUUAAAAUGUUGGCACAUAAAUAAAAAAAACUGAAAUAUAUUUACGUAAGUAUUCAGACCCUUUACUCAGUACUUUGUUGAAGCACCUUUGGCAGCGAUUACAGCCUCGAGUCUUCUUUGGUAUGACGGCAACAAGGUUGUCACACCUGUAUUUGGGGAGUUUCUCCCAUUAUUCUCUGCAGAUCCUCUCAAGCUCUGUCAGGUUGGACGGGGAGCGUCGCUGCACAGCUAUUUUCAGGUCUCCAGUUCGGUCGGGAUGUUAGGGUCAUUGUCCAGUUGGAAGGUGAACCGUCGCCCCAGUCUGAGGUCCUGAGCGCUCUGAAGCUGGUUUUCAUCAAGGAUUUCUCUAUACUUUGCGCCGUUCAUCUUUCCCUCGAUCCUGACUAGUCUCCCAGUCUGUGACCCUUCCCCAGAUCUGUGCCUCAACACAAUCCUGACAGAGCUCUAAAUCAAAUUUAAUGUUAUUGGUCACAUACACAUGGUUAGCCGAUGUUAAUGCGAGUGUAGCGAAAUGCUUGUGCUUCUAGUUCCGACAGUGCAGUAAUGUCUAACAAUUCCCCAUCUACCUAAUACACACAUCUAACGGGAGGAAUAAGAAUAUGUACAUAUACGUAAAUAUAUGGAUGAGCAUCAUAGGCAAGGUGCAAUAGAUCGAUAAGGUACAGUAUAUACAUAUGAGAUGAGUAAUGUGAGAUGUUAACAUUAUUAAAGUGCCGUUGUUUGAAGUAGCGUUUUAUUGAAGUGGCCAAUGAUAUGAGUCUCUUUGUAGGCAGCAGUCUCUGAGUUAGUGAUUGCUGUUUAGCAGUCUGAUGGCCUUGAGAUAGAAGCUGUUUUUCAGUCUCUCAGUCCUAGCUUAGAUGCACCAUGUACUGACCUCGCCUUCUGGAUGGUAGCGGGGUGGUUGUUGUCCUUGAUGAUCUUUUUGGCCUUCCGGUGACAUCGGGUGCUGUAGGUGUCUUGGAGGGCAGGUAGUUUGCUCCCGGUGAUGUGUUGUGCAGACCGCACCAGAGCCUUGCGGUUAAGGGUGGUGCAGUUGCCAUACCUCUACGGACAAUUCCUUCGACCUCAUGGCUUGGUUUUUGCUCUGACAUGCACUGUCAACUGUGUGCCUUUCCAAAUCAUGUCCAAUCAAUUGAAUUGACCACAGGUGAACUCCUAUCAAGUUGUAGAAACAUCUCAAGGAUGAUCAAUGGAAACAGGAUGCACCUGAGCUCAAUUUUGAGUCUCAUAGCAAAGGGUCUGAAUACUUAAAAAAAAAAUUUUUUAUCGCUUUGGCAUUAUGGGUUUUGUGUGUAGUUUUAUGAGGGAAAUGUUUUAUUUAAUCAGUUUUAGAAUAAGGCUGUAACGUAACAAAUUUCGGAAAAAGUGAAGGGGUUUGAAUAAUUUCCAAAUGCACUGUAUAUUAUAUUUAUCUGCUUCUGGUAAUAUCACCAUGUUAUGUAAACAGUUGAUUGUGAAUGAUGAUAACUAAUUUUCUGAUACAACUUUUGAGUUUAUCAUAAUUUUUAAUUAUUGUUGUAGGGGGUGCUGAGCUGAUUUUACUCAGAGCCCUAGAGCCUAGUAGACCUGCCUUCAUCUAUGCAGUGUUUUCAGUGAAGGAAAGAUGACAAAGGUAGGCCACUUUGUACAAUGUGUGCCAAAUGAAUAGCCUCUCUACUGCUGUUUUUUCUUCACGAACACAGAUACAUGUAAGUACUGGUGAGGUAUGAAUUAGUGUGUCUAACAACAAUAAAAAAACAAAUGGCAUAAAAUGAGUAAUAUAAAGCGUAAAAUGUAUCAGUUUCACUAUGCCACAUAAAAAUCAAGAUAGUUGGGAACAGAUUUUGUGUCCCAAUACCAUGGCAUCAGGCUUAUGAACUGAUAUACAAAACAAGAAUUGAUGCAUCAAUUCUUUAUUUUCAAUUUAAAACCUCUUAAGGAUCGGACCCUUUUUUUAACAUUUUCCUCUAAAAUGACAUACCCAAAUUCCCAUACCCAAAACGUUUUUUUGCAAAUUUUUGAAAUGCAAAAGAAAGGCCAUAAUGUAUUAUUCCAACCCAGGUGCAAUUUAGAUUCUGGCCACUAGAUUGCAGCAGUGUAUGAGCAAAGUUUUAGACUGAUUCAAUGAACCAUUGCAUUUCUGUUCAAAAUGUUGUAUCAAGACUGCCCAAAUGUACCUAAUUUGUUUAUUAAUAACUUUUCAUGUUCAAAACUGUGCACUCUCCUCAAACAAUAGCAUGGUAUUCUUUCACUGUAAUAGCUACUGUAAAUUGGACAGUGCAGUUAGAUUAACAAGAAUGUCCCGGGAAAUUUUCUUGUUACUUACAACUUCAUGCUAAUCGCAUUAGCCUACGUUAGCUCAACCGUCCCGCAGGGGACCCACCGAUCCCAUUACAUACAACUCUCGCUACAAAAAUAAUGCUCAGUAUAUGGGGGGUAUUCAACAGUCAGCCCGGUACAGACUCUGAAACAGAAUCAAUAGAGCAUCUCUUUUGGUACUGUCCACCGGUGGCUUGUUUUUGGAGUCAGGUCCAGGAAUGGUUGUUAUGCCAUAAUAUCAGGGUGCGGUUGGAUCUGCAAACUGUAUUGCUGGGGGAUUUGAAGGACCACAGUCAGUCAAUAGGUAAUAUCGUUGUGCUCUUGGGUUAAAUGUAUAUAUGUAUAUUUAUGGGGCAAUUUCGGCAGAAAUGUUGCAGAAGGGGAGGUUCAAGUCCCUAGUGAGACCCCUUGGGAAAUAUGGAUUGAUUUGUGGCUGUCUGAAGGGUGGAAUUGAUGAUAUGUGAAACAAUUAUAUACACAAAUGUACAGUAUAAAUGUUUGAGGUCCUGUAAUCAGGGGUGAUGUUUUGUAGUUUGGUGUUAUGCUAUGAGCAGCUGGUCCUGGUAGUUAUGGGUGCGUUCGCGUCCAUGCUCACCCGGGCGUCGGGCGAGGCUUGAUUCUUCACGCCCUUUGAAAAUCACUUUGGGCUGGGGCCUUGCCGGCGUCUCGAGACAGGUGGCGCGAGCGCACCCUCUGACCAGAGCACCCACUUUGGGAGUGCUAAUUUGUAUUGUCUGUAUUGUAUUGUUGUAAAACAUAAUAAAUGGUGAGGUUCCAUUCA